AUGUCAACUGAGCUACUAGUUAUUGACAGACAGUGGAGAGUAGGUGAUACUCUAGAUUCAAUUGACAUGAUUAUUGGGCGUUAUAAAAGCAAAUAUGAGGAUACAGAAUCAUCAAGCCUUGAGGUUUCGUGUGAAAUACUGCAACUUUUGCAAAACAUGAGAGGCAGAAACAUUGACCCACAACUACAGCAUUAUAUUGAAAGAAUUAAUGCUGAUUUGUUGACUUCGAUUCAAGCAUGCAGAGAGCAAGCUGAAAGAAAUGUAAUCUUAGAGGAGGAGUUGAAAAAAGUACGUGAGGCACAUGAAGAGCAGUUAGAAGAAGUUCAGGAAGAGAAAGAGCGAAUAAUGGGGAAAGCAAAAAAUAAGCUCCAAGAAAUGAAUUUAGUAAUAAAGCAAAAAGAUAUAGCUUUACAAAAAUCCCAAACAGAAAAUGAGCAACAAGCUCGAAAUACACAAUCACAAAUAUCUCGUCUUCAAAGUUCACUUAACAAGAAGAAAAAAGAACUACUUGAUGUUAGGAGAAAUCUAAGUGAGAAAGAUAUGAUGCUUGAACAGUGCCAGCAUGACUUAGAUAGGUCUAAGGAAGAAAAGGAUGCUGUUCAAAAAGAAAAAGAGAGAAUUGUCAAGGAUGCCCAACAACAGUUAAAAGAGAAAGAUACAUUAAGACAACAGUUGCGUAACUCUCAGAGCCUAAUUGCAGUACUUCAAAAAUCUAAUGAGGAGCAAGAGAGAGCACUCAAAAAUAUUGAAAGGCACAAGGAACAGCUACAGCAACUGCUAAUUCAAUCUCAAGAUGAAAAAGCACAGAAGUCACGCGACUUUCAGCUUGAAAAGGCAGCGCUGCAACAAUGGUUAUGCAAAUCUCAAGAAGAAACUCGUAGAUGUCAAAAUGAAUGUAGUGUUUUAUGUGGUGCUUGGCAAAUAGAUGAAAAGGAAGUUAAACUUACAGAUAAAGAAUUGGGUAGAGGUGCUUAUGGUGUUGUCAUGGUUGGAGUAUUUCAUGGGUUAAAAGUAGCUGUCAAGUAUCUUCACCCAGCAAUAGCCUCAUACUACAACCAAGAGC